AUGGCGCACCGGGGACCCCCGCGCGCCCCGAAGGGCCCCGGCCCCGCCGCCCGAGCCCCGAGUCCCCGGGCGCCGCCGCCGCCGCGCUGGCCGCGCUCGCGGCCGCUCCUGCUGCUGCUGCUGCUGCUGGCCGCCUGCGGGGCGGCGGGGCGCUCCCCCGAGCCCGUGCGCCUGGGUCCCCGCGCCCGGCUGAGCCGGGCGCCUCCGAGCCCUCCUGCGGGGCGCGCGCUGCCCGGCGGCGGUGAGGACCGGCAGGCGCGAGGCGCGGAGCCCGGCGCCCCGGGUCCCGCUCCGGCCCCGGGUCCCGGCGAGGACGGCGCCCCCGCCGCGGGCCAGGGGCGCUGGGCGCGGGCGGCGCCGGUGGCCGGAGCGGCUUCGCGGGCGCAGGUCUCACUCAUCAGCACGUCGUUCGUGCUCAAGGGGGACGCGACGCACAACCAGGCGAUGGUGCACUGGACGGGCGAGAACAGCAGCGUGAUCUUGAUCCUGACGAAGUAUUACCAUGCAGACAUGGGGAAGGUGCUGGAAAGUUCUCUGUGGCGGUCUUCGGACUUCGGGACGUCCUACACCAAGCUCACCCUCCAGCCUGGCGUCACCACUGUCAUCGACAACUUCUACAUCUGCCCGACCAACAAGAGAAAGAUCAUCCUCGUGAGCUCCUCACUGGGUGACCGGGACCAGAGCCUGUUCCUGAGCACGGACGAGGGCGCCGCCUUCCAGAGGCAGCUCGUCCCCUUCUCCGUGGAAACGCUCAUCUUCCACCCCCGGGCGGAGGACAAGGUGCUAGCCUACACCCGGGAGGGCAAGCUCUACGCAUCGUCUGACCUGGGGAAGAAGUGGACGCUUCUGCAGGAGCGCGUGACCAAAGACCACGUGUUCUGGGCUGUGUCUGGGGUGGACGCUGACCCUGACGUGGUCCACAUGGAGGCCCAGGAGCUCGGAGGAGGUUUUCGGUACGUCACCUGCCAGAUCCACAAUUGCUCUGAUAAGACGCUGACCGUGCCGUUCUCAGGCCCCAUUGACCACAGUUCUCUGACCGUGCAGGAUGAUUACAUCUUCGUUAAGGCAACCUCAGCAAACCAGACCAAAUACUACAUCUCUUAUCGUCGCAAUGAAUUUGUCCUGAUGAAGCUGCCGAAGUAUGCAUUGCCAAAGGAUCUGCAGGUCUUCAGCACAGACGAGAGCCAGGUGUUGGUGGCCGUGCAGGAGUGGUACCAGACUGACACCUACAACCUGUACCAGUCGGACCCGCGUGGCCUGCGCUACUCGCUGGUGCUGGAGGAUGUACGCAGCUCGCGGCAGGCGGAGGAGAGCGUGCUCGUCGACAUCCUCGAGGUCCGAGGGGUGAAAGGAGUCUUCCUGGCGAACCAAAAAGUUGACGGGAAGGUGGUGACGCUUAUCACCUACAACAAAGGCCGAGACUGGGAUUACCUGAGGCCUCCCAGCACCGACAUGAACGGGAAACCAACCAACUGCAAGCCCCCCGAAUGCCACCUGCACCUCCACUUGCGCUGGGCAGACAACCCCUACGUGUCGGGCACUGUGCACACCAAGGACACCGCCCCCGGCCUCAUCAUGGGCGCAGGUAACCUGGGCUCCCAGCUGGUGGAAUAUAAAGAAGAAAUGUACAUCACGUCGGACUGCGGGCACACCUGGCGGCAGGUGUUCGAGGAGGAGCACCACAUCCUCUACCUGGACCACGGCGGCGUGAUCGUGGCCAUCAAGGACACCUCCAUACCCUUGAAGAUCCUCAAGUUCAGCGUGGACGAGGGCCUCACCUGGAGCACGCACAACUUCACCAGCACCUCUGUGUUUGUGGACGGGCUGCUGAGUGAGCCGGGGGACGAGACGCUGGUCAUGACCGUCUUCGGCCACAUCAGCUUCCGCUCGGACUGGGAGCUGGUCAAGGUGGACUUCCGGCCCUGGUUCUCCAGGCCGUGCAGCGAGGAGGACUACAGCUCCUGGGACCUCACAGACCUGCAGGGCGGCCGCUGCGUCAUGGGCCAGCAGAGGAGCUUCCGGAGGAGGAAGCCCACGUCCUGGUGCGUCAAGGGGCGCAGCUUCACGGCGGCGCGCACGGCCCGCGUGUGCCAGUGCCGCGAGUCGGACUUCCUCUGCGACUACGGAUUUGAGCGCACCCCCUCCUCUGAGUCCGACGCCAACAAGUGCUUUGCCAACUUCUGGUUUAACCCCCUGUCCCCGCCUGAUGACUGUGUCCUGGGCCAGACCUACACCAGCAGUCUCGGGUACCGGAAGGUGGUGUCCAACGUGUGCGAGGGCGGCGUGGACCCACGGCAGAGCCCGGCGCAGCUGCAGUGCCCCCUCCUGCCGCCCCGGGGCCUGCAGGUCAGCAUCCGUGGUGAGGCGGUGGCUGUGCGGCCGGGGGAGGACGUGCUGUUCGUGGUCCGGCAGGAGCAGGGCGAUGUCCUGACCACCAAGUACCAAGUGGACCUGGGGGACGGCUUCAAGGCCAUGUAUGUGAACCUCACGUUGACCGGGGAGCCCAUCCGGCACCGCUACGAGAGCCCUGGCGUCUACCGCGUGUCCGUCAGGGCGGAGAACAUGGCGGGACACGACGAGGCGGUGCUGUUUGUCCAGGUCAACUCCCCCCUGCAGGCCCUCUACCUCGAAGUGGUUCCUGUCGUUGGCAUCAACCAGGAGGUGAACCUCACCGCUGUGCUGCUGCCCCUGAACCCCAACCUCACCGUCUUCUACUGGUGGAUUGGCCACAGCCUGCAGCCCCGGCUGUCCCUGGAGAACUCUGUGACGACGCGGUUUGGGGACACGGGAGACGUGCGCGUGACGGUGCAGGCCGCCUGUGGGACGUCAGUGCUGCAGGACUCCAAGGUGGUCCGCGUGCUGGAUCAGUUUCAGGUCGUGCCUCUGCAGUUUUCCAAGGACCUGGACGCUCACAACCCCAACACCCCCGAGUGGAGGGAGGAUGUUGGCCUCGUCGUGUCCCGGCUCCUCUCCAAGGAGACCAGCAUCCCCGAGGAGCUGCUGGUGACCGUCGUGAAGCCGGGGCUGCCCACCCUGGCUGACCUGCAUGUGCUCCUCCCCCCUCCCAGGCCCACGAGGAAGAGGAGCCUCACGGGCGACAAGAGGCUCACGGCCAUCCAGCAGGUGCUGACCGCACAGAAGAUCAGCUUCCUCCUGCGUGGUGGGGUCCGGGUCCUGGUGGCCGUGAGGGACGUGGACACAGAGUCUCCAAGCCUGGGAGGAGGCGGCGGCUACUGGGCGGUGGCGGUCCUCUUCGUCAUCGGGCUCUUCGCGGUGGGAGCCUUCAUCCUCUACAAGUUCAAAAGGAAACGCCCCGGCAGGACCGUGUACGCCCAGAUGCACAACGAGAAGGAACAGGAAAUGACGAGCCCUGUGAGCCACAGCCAGGACGUGCAGAGCGCCAUCCAGGGGAAUCACUCCGGCGUGGUCCUGAGCGUCAACUCCCGAGAGAUGCACAGCUACUUGGUGAGCUGAUGCCACCGGCGGCAGCGCCCAGAACUGUCUCCUCUCCGCCGCUUCAUCCCCCGUGGAGGGCACAGAACCACACGCGCCACCGGCACGAGGCUGCGACUGGCAUCCCCUCAGAGACCUCGGAAAAGCCUCUUCCUCCAGCUGUGUCCACACAAGGCGACAGAUGCCCUCUGUCCAGCUCAAGCCCGCACAGCACGGCCUCCCAGGGGACCCGCCGGCUCCCGCCCUCCCUGGACACCAGGCCCACGCGCCGCCCGCUGUACCCCACCCCCCGACUCCGGGUAUUUCUCUGCCCCUGGACCCCAGACCACUGCCCUGGAUGCCCACGCCUGUCACCCCAGCGAGGCCUGACGUCUUGUGGCCGAGGCCGGUCCCCCUGAGACCGGGAGGUGAGCCUGCCGGGCUCUCAGCACCGCAGACCCGCUCUGUGGCCUGCGCCGGGGGCUCCUGUCCCAGCAGAGGGACGCUGGAGCCCGCUUUCUUCCUCAUAACCUCCAGGAAGGCAGCUGCCUCUGCAGGGGCAUCCACCACCCCCUGCAGAAUCCAGAAAGUCUGUUGCAGGCCCUCCCAGCACCACCCUCCAUGCCUCCUGCUGUCCUUCCUCUUUUUAA